CCCAAAUCGCCCUCAGGCCACCCUCUCCUUCUCUCCUUUCCCGUUCCUGUUUGAUCACUGCACGCGCACUCGAUGGCUGCUAACCCCCCGUCUCUUCCUUUCUUUACAUUCCUCCUUUUUAUUCUUUGUCCUUCCAUCUCCUUCUGAACUUUGUAUAUAAGCCUGGACAGCCUCUAAACUAGCAUUUUCUGUCUCUCACUUUCUCUCUUUCUCCUUCUGCACGCGAAGAAGCCUGGCUGCCGGGCCCGCUCAUCACCUCUUCAUCCAUCUUAACUUGGUGCGAGGUCUCCAGGUGAAUCCACAAUGGAGAAGAGUUGUGUUCCACCUGGUUUCAGAUUCCAUCCCACGGAAGAAGAGCUUGUGGGCUAUUACCUUGCAAGGAAGGUGGCUUCUCAAAGGAUCGAUUUGGAGGUCAUCCAAGAAGUCGAUCUCUAUCGAAUAGAGCCGUGGGAGCUUCAAGAUAGAUGCAGACAUGGGUGUGAAGAGCAAAGCGAGUGGUACUUCUUCAGCUUCAAAGACAGGAAGUAUCCAAGCGGAACUCGCACCAAUAGAGCUACCGCAGCCGGUUUCUGGAAGGCGACAGGGCGAGACAAGCCGGUGUUGUCCAAGUCUCGAAUUAUAGGGAUGAGGAAGACUCUUGUUUUCUACAAGGGACGAGCUCCAAAUGGCCAGCGAACUGAUUGGAUCAUGCAUGAAUACCGUCUUCAAUCAAACGAAAAUGAACCUGCUCAGGAAGAAGGAUGGGUUGUGUGUAGAGCGUUCAAGAAACCAAAUCUCAAUCAAAGGCCUUGCUACAACAAUUUCGGACACAAUCACUAUGGUCGGCUUGCUGCCAAGCCUACAUGCUUCAUGGAUUCUUUUCAGGGAGGAGCUCCAUAUGAAAGAAGUUUAGGUUAUGAGAUAGAACUUGAAUCUAGGAAGAACCUCCUAGAUCAGGUUCUUCACAUCCCACAAUUAGAUAGCCCGAGUUUAUCUUCAGGUUUCUCCAAUAAUGAACACUUUGAAGGUAAUUGUAUGGGCAGCAAUGAGCAUGGAACUGGGGACAGUAGCUGCCAUGGCGAAUUCGUCGAUUGGAAAGUCCUGGACAAGUUGCUCUUAUCGCAGUUGAACGAGUCGUCUUCUUCUUCAAAUAUGCCAAUUGUUCCAGUGAACUAUGAUGCAGGCGUUGAAGACCAAGGAGAUCAUUUCCUUGCAAUGUUUGAUAGAUCAUGAUUCUGACUUUGCAGCUCCUUUGAGAAAAUAAUAAUGCUAUUGGUAUAUUGGCAACAAUAUGUUGGUGGCUAAGAUAUAUAAAGAGUCAUAUGAUUUGCAGCAAAUCUGAAUUUUCUACAUGUACUAAGAUAUCAGCACAACUGAUUUAAAGUUCACAUUUCUG